AUGAAGCCUAUUCUUUUUCUUUUUCUUCUCGGGAUUACUGUAGUCUCUGGUAUUAUUCGGCUGGAUGGUGGUGAUGGUGGUGGUGACUGGGAUUACGGUGGCGGUGGCGGUGGAGGAGGACACCAUCAUCACUCCCAUUCAUCUUCAUCUUCUGAAGAGCAUGGACACGGUGGGCACCACGGACCACGCCCCCCGAGGCCACCCCCAUCCCGCUGCCCAUCUGACUGGAUGACAUUCAAUAGAGCACAAGGACCGUGGUGUGUGAAGGUAUUCUAUGGGAGCACAAGUUACACAAGUUACACUGCUCAAUCAAUGUGUCAAACGCAAGGAGCCGUACUGACAGGAAUACAAGAUGCGGAUGAGAGGAUACAGUUGGCUAACGCCGCCCGUAUCGUGAACAACGCGAAUGGAGGUCUAGGUGUUUUGUGGAUUGGUGCGACACGUCGUGCUCAGUGCCCAUCGAAAAAUGCUUGUGCUCCAUUGGGCACUUUCGAAUGGACUGAUGGACACACCACUGGAACCGACGGAUUCUUUUAUGCACCUUCGGAGCCGAAUGCCCUUAGGGAUGCAAAUUGGGGAAUUCAAUCAUGUCUUGUUCUGAUCGUGUCAGUUGCUGAUGGACAAAUGGGAAAUUGGAAUUACCCGCAUGCGUCGAUGGAUGAUGGCUUCUGUCAACGGCCAUGGCCAAUGUAUGCGUGUGGGAAGACUCCCAGUUAA